CACCUAAAUCGACCAAACAGCGGGCAGCUUAAUUUCCAAACGUGCACUAAACGUCCGCAACAAAAAUGAAGGUUGAAGAAGUAAAAAGCACCGUGAAAACACAAAGAAUCAGCGCCCACAGCCACAUCAAAGGUCUGGGAUUGGACGAAAAUGGUUUCGCCAUCCAAUUCGCCGCCGGUCUCGUCGGCCAAGAGCAAGUUCGAGAGGCGGCUGGUAUCGUCGUGGACAUGAUUAAAAGUAAAAAAAUGGCCGGUAGAGCCAUUCUACUGGCCGGCCCUCCCGGCACUGGUAAAACUGCUAUUGCUUUGGCGAUCGCCCAGGAGCUGGGCAACAAAGUGCCUUUCUGUCCCAUGGUUGGUUCGGAGGUGUACAGCGCCGAGAUCAAGAAAACCGAAGUGCUGAUGGAGAAUUUCCGUCGCGCUAUCGGCUUACGAAUACGCGAGACCAAAGAGGUGUACGAAGGAGAAGUGAGUGAGCUCACACCAGUUGAAACAGAGAAUCCUGCUGGUGGUUAUGGUAAAACAGUCAGUCACGUUGUUAUUGGCUUGAGAACGGCCAAGGGCAGUAAGCAACUGAAAUUAGAUCCUAGUAUUUAUGAGGCUUUACAAAAGGAGAAGGUCGAAGUUGGUGAUGUGAUUUACAUUGAGGCAAACAGUGGAGCAGUCAAAAGACAGGGAAGAUCCGAUGCUUAUGCCACUGAAUUUGAUCUGGAAGCUGAGGAGUAUGUUCCUUUGCCCAAGGGGGAUGUACACAAGAAAAAGGAAGUUGUACAGGACGUAACUCUUCAUGAUUUGGACGCGGCAAACGCCAAGCCCCAAGGAGGACAAGAUGUGCUCUCCAUGAUGGGCCAACUUUUGAAGCCUAAAAAGACUGAAAUCACGGACAAGCUACGGAAAGAAAUCAAUAAAAUAGUAGACAAAUAUAUUGAUCAGGGAAUAGCUGAAUUGGUACCUGGAGUUUUGUUCAUAGAUGAAGUACAUAUGCUGGACAUUGAAACGUUCACGUAUUUGCACAGAGCGCUUGAAAGCACGAUCGCCCCCAUCGUGAUAUUCGCAACAAAUCGCGGUAGAUGCGUGAUUCGAGGGACGGACGAUAUUUUUUCACCGCACGGUAUUCCCUUGGAUCUAUUGGACAGGUUGUUGAUAAUCAGGACUAGGCCGUAUGGCAGGGAGGAGAUGGAGCAGAUUUUGAAAUUGAGGGCUUCGACGGAAGGAUUGGAAAUCGACGCGGAAGCUUUGUCGAUUUUAAGCGAGGUCGGCGCUAGAUCGACUUUACGUUAUGCCGUACAGUUACUCACCCCUGCAUAUUUGACAGCUAAAAUUAAUGGCAGGACAAAUAUCACCAAGCCAGAUGUUGAAGAAGUUAGCAGUUUGUUUUUGGAUGCGAAAUCUUCAGCGAAAAUUUUGUCUGAUAAUCAAGAGAAGUUUAUGAAAUGAUUGCUUUACAUUUAGAUCUGUUACAUUGUAUUAUAUUUUUUAGGAUUUUAAGUUUUGUAUGAGCUUCUAUUUUAUUUUGAGCGUGCUAAUAAAAGUGAACACUCAAAAUGU